GCUGAGAGCGCAAGCUCAGCAGUUGGAAGCUCAACUUGGAAGUAUGGGGUUCCAGGAGGGAAGAGAGGCGGAGAUGAUGAAGGCCAGGACUCAGCUACAAAAUCAGGUUCGCGAGUUGACGGAGAAGAGUGAUGUGUUGAAGAGGAAGGUGGCCAACAUCGACUUUACGUAUUCAAACCCGACGCCCAACUUUGACCGCAGACAGGUGAAGGGGUUGGUUGCGCAGUUGUUCACCCUUGAUGAGAAGAAUUUCAACAAGUCUACUGCGUUGGAGAUCUGUGCGGGUGGAAGGCUGUACAACGUCGUUGUGGAUAACGAGGUCGUUGGUACGCAGUUAUUGCAGAAAGGAAAGCUGAGGAAGAGGGUUACUAUCAUUCCCUUGAACAAGAUCUCCGCCUUCAGGGCUUCCGCCGAGAAGAUCGCCGCUGCGCACAAGAUUGCUCCUAACAAGGUCGAUUUGGCGUUGAGCUUGGUUGGGUAUGAUGAGGAAGUGUCCAAGGCGAUGGAGUACGUAUUUGGUUCUACGCUUAUUUGUGCUGAUGCGGAGACUGCGAAGCGUGUUACUUUCGACCCGAAUGUGAGGUUGAAGUCUGUCACGCUCGAUGGAGAUGUGUAUGACCCGUCUGGCACUCUUUCAGGUGGUUCAUCUCCAAACUCAUCCGGCGUGCUCGUGCAGCUGCAAAAGUUGAACGAGAUCACGAGGGAGUUGGAUGCGGCCAGAGCGAGAUUGGAUGAGCUCAACAGGGUCAUGGCUCAGGAGCAACAGAUGAUGCAGCAAGCGAAGAAGUUGAAGCAAGCGCUUGAUUUGAAGAAGCAUGAGGCGACUUUGAUGGAAGGGCAGAUCACCUCGAACUCUGAUUCCCGUAUCAUCAAUGAGAUUGAGAAUAUGAAGCAGGAGGUCGAGACGCUCUCGACUCUCAUCACGGAAGCUAAGGCUAGGGAAAGUCAGGCGAAGAAGGAUGCCAAGGCCAUCGAGAAGGAGAUGGAGGAGUUCAAUAAUAACAAGGACUCAAAGUUGGCCGAGUUGCAGAAGACCGUUGAUGAACUGAAGGAGAAGGUCGCUAAGCAAUCUGCUACAGUCAAGGCGCAGCAGAAGGAAUACCAGACUCUGCAGCUUGAGACUGAGCAGCUUGGUGGUGACCUUGAAGCUGCGCAGGAAGCGUUCAAGGAUGCCGCUGCUGGUGUUGAAGCUCAGGAAGCCGAAGUCAGUGAGUUGAGGAAAGCGCAUGCGGCUGUGAAAGACAAGCAUGACCUCCUGAGCGCGGAGUUGGAGGACGAGAAGGCCAAGUUGACCGGGUUUAAUGAGGAACUGGCUAGUCUUGAGCAGGCUGCCAAGAGCAAGAACCAGCAAAUCGCUGACGAGGCAUUGGAAGUCAAGACUCUGAAACAUGACGUUGAGCAGUUUCACAAAGUCGUUCAAGAUGCCCAGCAGAGUUUGACUAAGCUGGAGAAGGAGCAUGACUGGAUCGAUGACGAGAAGGAGCACUUCAACAAGCCCGGUACUCCCUAUCACUUCUCCGCUUACAACAUCUCCGAGUGCAAAGCGCAGCACAAGGUCCUGUCUGAGCGUUACCAAGGCAUGAAGAAGAAAGUUAACGCGAAGGUCAUGAACAUGAUUGACUCUGUCGAGAAGAAGGAAGCUGCACUCAAAAACAACAUCCGCACCAUCAUCAGGGAUAAAAGGAAGAUCGAGGAAACCAUCGCAAGUUUGGAUGAAUACAAGAAGGAGGCUUUGGACAAGACUUGGACCAAGGUCUCUGUUGACUUUGGUAACAUCUUUGGUGAGCUGUUGCCGGGUAACACCGCCAAACUGGAGCCACCGGAGGGAAAGGACGUUACCGAAGGCCUGGAAGUAAAAGUCUGCCUCGGCAAAGUCUGGAAGCAAUCCCUGACCGAACUCUCGGGCGGCCAACGCUCCCUCAUCGCGCUCUCCCUCAUCAUGUCUCUCCUCCAAUUCAAGCCCGCACCAAUGUACAUCUUGGACGAAGUCGACGCCGCUCUCGAUCUGUCACACACGCAGAAUAUCGGGAGGUUGAUCAAGACGCGGUUCAAGGGUGCGCAGUUUGUGGUUGUGAGUUUGAAGGAGGGCAUGUUCUCGAAUGCGAAUCGGUUGUUUCGGACGAGGUUUUUGGAUGGGACGAGUGUUGUGCAGGCGAGUUCGGGGGCGUAGCAUUCAAGCCCUUGAGGGAGGUGAUAGACUGGCAUGGCGUUUGGGUUCAUAGUUAGUGUGGAGUUAUGUGUGGGUAUGAAGCCGUUGUAAUGUUUAUCGCAUGCAAUCAGAUUGUGCUAAAGCAUUGUGUAUGAUGAUGACGUUUAUUCGUCCCCCAAAUCCCCCUUCUUGAUCUUCUCCUCCAACG